AUGUUCAAGUAUAAGUGCAACCUACCAUUGGAACAUUCAAGUAUUAUGACGAAAAGACUGAUGCAUACAAAGAAAUUAGCUGAGCUUCCUAAGACGACUAGCUUUACUAAAUAUAUCAGUCCUGAUGGCAGAAUCCCAAAACCCGAAGAUGCUAUGGCAAAUAAGGAUAAUAUCAUACAUGUGCCAAGAGUGUUACAAAAGGGAGGAUUUUCAUGGUCACUCCCAGAGAAAAGGGCGAAAUAUAGGUAUUUGACAUCGAGUGACAAAGCAUUGAAUGAUUUAGGGAUAGAUUCUAAGGAGGUUGAAAACCCCGAGUACCAAAAAUUGGUUACUGGUGAGUUUUACCUUAACAAAGAAGAUUUCCAGAAAAAAGGAUAUCCAUUUCCUUAUUCGCAAGCAUAUGCUGGAUGGCAAUUUGGCCAAUUUGCCGGUCAAUUAGGAGAUGGAAGAGUUGUGAAUUUGUUUGAAGUUCCCAAGAAUGUGCCAGAUAAGAACAACAGACAUAAAUAUGAAUUGCAAUUGAAAGGGGCUGGCAUGACUCCGUACUCUAGGUUCGCCGAUGGCAAAGCGGUUAUAAGAUCGUCUAUCCGGGAAUAUAUUAUAUCGGAGCAUUUAAAUGCUGUGGGUAUUCCGACUACAAGAGCCCUUUCCUUAUCGUAUCUUCCUGAGACCUUUGCACAACGUCAUAGAGCUGAAAAAUGUGCAAUUGUUUCAAGAUUUGCAGAACUGUGGGUGAGAUUAGGCACAUUUGACCUCUAUAGAUGGAGAAGUGAUAGAGAUGGUAUUAAGGAAUUAUCCGAUUACGUUAUAAACGAAUUAUUUACAAUCGAUGGAGAAAAGUUUGGCUUCUUGAAUAAGGUUUUAUCGGAAAGAAAUGAUUUUUUUGACAGUAGUAAAGAAACUAUAGGAGAACUUACAGAUUAUGAUAAGAUGUAUUUGGAAACUAUUGUUAGAAAUGCAUCCACCACUGCUAUAUGGCAAUCGUACGGCUUUUUGAACGGUGUUUUGAAUACUGAUAAUACAUCUGUCCUUGGUCUCUCUAUUGACUUUGGUCCUUUUUCAAUAAUGGAUAAAUACGAUCCAAACUUCACCCCAAAUUCUGAAGAUCAUGAACUUAGGUAUAGUUAUCGUAACACUCCUACGGCGAUUUGGUGGAAUUUAACUAGAAUGGGUGAAAAUCUUGCAGAGUUAAUUGGAGCUGGAUCUGAAAUAUUAAAUGACCAAUUUUUUAAGGAAAACGGUAUCAAAAAGGAAUGGGAAGAUAGAAUUAUUACUAGAGCCACAAAAUUGAUUGAAGCUGGCGGUGAACUUUAUCAGUAUGCAUUCACUAAAAAGUAUGUUGAAACUAUUUUUAACAGGUUAGGAUUAGAAUCGUCUUUGAUUAACGCCAAAGAUCCAGAAGUCAAUCAUAAAGAGUUAAUAGAUCCUAUGUUAGACAUGUUGUAUAAGGUGCAAUGUGAUUUUAACAAGUUUUUCCUUAUAUUACAAAGCUCUAACUUAGAAAGCGGUUAUGAUCCAAAACAAAUUGCCGAAACUAUCCUUUUACCGGGCCAUAAUGCCUUGGAAAGUAAAUAUUCAACCCAAGAAUUGAUUGAUGAGAUUUGUAAUUGGUUAAAGAUUUACGAUGGCUAUUUAUCAAAAUCAGGAAAUGCCAAACGGAAAUCGAUUAGCAAAUACUAUAACCCACUUUUUUUACCACGUAAUUGGAUUUUGAAUCAAGUCAUUGAAUUUACAGAAGAGCAUAAUGCCGAAGACUUAUCGUAUUUGAAAAAGCUUGAAAAGAUGUGCUUCAAUCCAUAUGAUAAAUCAAAAUGGGGAAAUGAAUUGAAAGAACUAGAGCAAGAAUGGUUAUUACAAAGUGAUAUAGGUGCCGAUUACUCUAUGCUACAAUGUAGCUGUUCUAGUUAG